UUGUGUGUGUCUGCACAAUGACCAUGCAUUACUACCAACUCUACUCAAAAUAAGGAAAACACCGUAAGAGCUUUGGAUAGAGGGCCACUUGUACACCUUUUGUAUGGUUUCGGUUGGGAGUGUAUUAUUUGAUUCAGAUCAACAGGCAACAGGCCUACUCUUUAGGCAUAUCAUUUCCACUGAAGCAGCUGUAUCCAGUCCACCAAGUCACUUUGUGACAUGGAACCUUUACCUUUUCUUGACCAGUUUCAGGAAUUCCACCAUAUCCAUGGAACCAACGUGCGGCUAGACCCUACGGGGACCCAGGCUACCCGAGUGGAAAGCUUUGCCAAUGGGGUGUGCUUCAGCAGAGAGCCGCUGAGUCCUGGGGAGAUCUUCCUGGUGGAGAUCGAGGAGAAGGAGCUGGGCUGGUGUGGCCACCUGCGGAUCGGGCUGACCGCCAGAGACCCUUUGACCUUCGAAACGGUGCCUGAGUACUCCCUGCCGGACCUCAUGGACCUGGGGGACAGCUGGGUGUUUGCUAUCACACGAAACCACAACCGGGUGGUGGAGGAGGAGGCUGUGGCGCCUGAGGGAGAGGGGGCGGUAGAUGGAGGGUUGGCCGGGGGUCAUAGGUUAGGGGAUGGUAGGGAAGAGGGAGGUAGGAGGCUACCUAGGCUGGGGGGUGGUGAUGUGGAAGAAGAAGCGAUUAAUCCCAAACCCAAGACGUUCUUCACAGACUCCCACCUGCACAUUGAGAAAGUUCAAAUCCCCAUGGACAAGCUGGUUGGUCGGAGUCGACCCGGACGCUACAGCCACAUCUUGGAUGACCUGUACAAGACCAAUGCCCUCCCCCCCACUGCCAGACGUAGUCGGAUAGGGGUGCUGUAUGUGCCCAAAGGACAGGGCCUGGCUGACAUGCAUGUUGUCAUUAACGGAGAGGAUAUGGGUGCAUCAGCUAAGGGCAUCCCAAUGCUUCUGCCUUUGUUUGCUGUGGUUGAUGUGUACUCUGCUACAAAGCAAGUUCGCAUUGUCCAGGUGGAAUAUGGAUUUUCCUCCCUGCAGACUCUGUGUAGAAAGUGCAUCCAGAAAAACAUAGUCCACAGGAUGGCUCUGGACUGGCUGGAACUGCCUGAUAGACUCAAACACUACUGCAAGUAUGAGUGACAGACAGCGCACUUUGGACUGAGCACCUCCUGAAGAAGCUUCUCACAAGAGCCGAACUUAAGAUCCAAGUAGUUUAUGCUUUUCAGAAAAGAUAAAUGUACUUAAUGUGUUUAUAUUUUUGAGAUCUUCUUUACAAUGAAUCCCUGGUCUCUUACCAGUUAUGUUUUUAAUUAAUGAUUGACCUAUUAUUUUUUUGUCUGUCAGAGAUGCCUUUUUGGAAAACUGGUAAAUAAAUGGAUGACAUCAA